AAACGUUCAGAGACACCGUCGGCGCUGCAGAUCCGUCUCUCAUUUCAUUCAGCAGUUCGUACUGUUUGCCUUCCCCUCUCUCUCUCUCUCUCUCUCUCUCUCGCUCUUUCUAGCUUUAGAUCCAAUUUUGGUAGGAUGAGGUUUUGAUCUCGACAUCAGCCGAUUUCUGCGCUUUGUUGAAAUUACCGCUUUUUCCUGAGCGGCUUAAAUUGGAUUCUCUGUACUUUGUCUUGAUUUGGGUGGAUUCAGCGAUUCGGAGACAGAAAUGCAGUUCUUUGGAGGGUCAGAGAUCAGCCCAUUGCCGCCGGCACCGACGGCGUCGGGAAACAACUGCCACAUGAUGUAUGUGUUCAACAGGAACGGCGUUUGCCUGCACUACAGGGAGUGGAAUCGCCCGCUCCACACCCUCAACUCCCAGCAGGACCACAAGCUUAUGUUCGGUCUACUCUUCUCUCUCAAAUCCCUAACUGCAAAGAUGGAUCCCACUAGUGCGGAGAAAGGAAAUCUUGGGGUGCCUCAGUUGCCUGGACAAGGGUGUUCAUUUCACAGCUUUCGAACAAAUACAUACAAACUUAGUUUCAUGGAGACUCCAUCUGGUAUAAAGAUCAUCCUUGUUACACAUCCCAGAACUGGUGAUCUAAGGGAGUCCUUGAAGUAUAUCUACAAUUUGUAUGUUGAAUAUGUUGUUAAGAAUCCACUCUAUACUCCAGGAACUCUAAUUAGGAUAUAAAAUGGAGCAGAGUUAGAGGCAGAUGCAAACUUGAGACCUCAUGACUCCAUUUUCUAGAGGGCGAGAAAUAAUUUUUCUUUCUGAUCUUAUGUGUAAAACUAUGGUUAGGUAGCUUUAUAGCUUGUUUAACUAUAUAUUUCCAGAAACAAUUAUGUGUGGGAUGCAUGUCCUGAGAAAAUAUGAUAUUAUUUGCCUAUGCUUUUUAACUUUAACCAUCUAUAAUUGUUGUACAUACAAAUGGUAGUGUGAUAUUUGUUCUCUUGAUAUCAUUAGAAAACCUUUGUUUUUAACAAGCAAAUUAACAACUGAAAUGCUUGAGCCAUGAAAAUGACCCCCGUGUUGGGUCUUCUAACACAAACUGGGAUGGGCAACAGAAUUGGGAGAAGAGUUAAGAAAGCUUUACUUGGUACAUGAAACCAGAAUAUCUACAGUUUACUGUUUAUUUGGCUUGGAAAUUGGUAAGGUUCUGUUUGAGUGAGCUGUCAAUUUUUAGUUUUCAUUUUAGUUUUAGUUCUUGUUUUCAGUUUUAGAGGUUUAGUUUUCAAAAUUUUAAAAAUAAAAUCUGAACAUGUUGUUUGGUAUAAAAAAAGAUUACUUGGGGUUGAGCAAUAAGUCAAAUAAUAGACAAUAGUUGAACGUUGAUCUACGGGUGAAGAGUAGAGAUGUCAAACAGGUUGAGCUACAUGCAACCACCCUGGCUUGAUCACUGGGAACAACAAUUCUGUGGGAUUUUGAUGGGACUUACAAGAUUAAUUCUGAUAGCAACUGCCUUAAAAGUUAGAUCACGGCUAGCGUAAAACCUUGUAGCCAUUAUGUGGCUAAAAAAAUAAC